AUGGCCAAGUCGGCGCCCUGCGUGAGCGCGCCCAGCGGGCUCAGGAUGUACGAGAACGCCAGCCUCGCCGACCUCGCCCUGCCCGCGGGCAUUGUCCUCGUCGCCGCCACGCUCGCGCGGAUGAUUGCAAUGCGGCUCGUGCUGGAGCCGCUUGCAGUGUGGGCGGUGGGGGAGGGGUCGAACAUGGAGUUUACACGCACCAAGUUUGUGCAGGCCGCGUGGCGCACCAUCCUUUACGCGACGGCGUGCACCCUCGCUGUCAAGGUGAUGUUUCUUACUGAGGAGCUGCCUUGGAUCUACGACUCGAGUCUCUUCUGGAUUGACUGGCCAAACCACGAGCUGACGGAGGGAAUGGCAUCGGUGUACGCGCUGUACGCGGGUUUCUACGUGCAUCAGCUGGUGUACCUCUUCCUCGACGUCAAGACCUCUGACUUUGUCGCCCUGCUUGUGCACCACAUCAUCACGCUCGGGCUCGUCGUGUCGUCCUUUGUGAUGAAGGGGCCGCGCGCCGAGAGCCCUUCCCUCACUUGCGCCGUGCCCCGCCUGCAGUUCACGCGCGUGGGCCUCUUUGUGAUGCUGCUGCACGACGUCUCGGACGUCUUCCUCGAGUCCGCAAAGUGUUUCAACUACAUGAAAGACGGCCCACGCCACUGGCUGCACAAGGGGGCAGACGUCUGCUUUGUCGUCUUUGCGAUUUCCUUCUUUUCGCUGCGGCUGUACAUCUAUCCUGUGCGCGUCCUGUGGCCGGUGGCCAGUCCAGACGGCGUCUGCCAGUAUGCCACUUGCGCCAGCACCGAGCUGGGAGGUGCGACAUGGGACCACUGCGCUGUGAAGCCGGCGUACGCGGCUUUCACGGGGCUGCUGGGCGGGCUGCAGCUUCUGCAGGUGUUCUGGGGAUGGAAGGUGCUCAUGGUGGUCUGGACCAUUCUAAGUGGCAAGGAGCUGGAGGAUCCGCGCGACGACGCGUCGGAGGAGGACUCCAAGCGUCGUUCGAGCCGCGAGUUGGACCCGUCGUCGAGGCGCUCGGAGGAGGAUUGA